UGGCGAAGGGGGCGGGGAAAAGGGAGAGAACAGGCUUUGACCGAUAGUAACCCCUGCGCUCUGCUCAACCGAAUCUAUAAAAGGAACUAGUCCCGGCAAAAACCCCGUAAUUCCAAGGAACAGUGAGUGGGGCUGCAACCCGCCGAGCCGAACCGACGCCUGUGCCCCAGUGCAGGUGGGCAGGGCUGGGGGCGCCGCUGGACCUGCCCAGUCGGAGCCACUUUCCCCGGGCGUUUUGCUCUUUUUUUCUCUCCCUUCUCCAGAAGGGGUUUUCAAAGGGUCGGGGAAAAGAGACGCAAACACAAAAGUGGAAAACAGUUAAUGACCAGCCACAGCGUCUGUGCUGUGAGCUCCAGCUCUUGCCUCCACGGCUGAGCCACACGCCGGUUGCUGUGCAUACCAGCUGAGGUAACAUGGCUUGUUGGCCUCAGUUGAGGUUGUUGCUAUGGAAGAACCUCACUUUCAGAAGACGACAAACAUGUCAGCUGUUGCUGGAAGUGGCCUGGCCUCUAUUUAUCUUCUUGAUCCUGAUCUCUGUCCGACUGAGCUACCCGCCCUAUGAACAACAUGAAUGCCACUUUCCAAACAAAGCCAUGCCCUCUGCAGGAACGCUUCCUUGGAUUCAGGGAAUUAUCUGUAAUGCCAAUAACCCCUGCUUCCGUUAUCCGACUCCUGGUGAGGCUCCUGGGGUUGUUGGAAACUUUAACAAAUCCAUUGUGUCUCGCCUUUUCUCAGAUGCUCAGAGGCUUCUUUUAUACAGUCAGAAAGACACCAGCAUGAAGGACAUUCACAAAGUUUUGAGAACAUUACAACAGAUCGAGAAUUCCAGAUCAAACUUGAAGCUUCAGGAUUUCCUUGUGGACAAUGAAACCUUCUCUGGAUUCCUGAAUCACAACCUCUCUCUGCCAAUGUCCACUGUGGACAAAAUGCUGGGUGCUGAUGUCAGUCUCCACAAGGUAUUUUUGCAAGGCUACCAGUUACAUUUGACCGAUCUGUGCAAUGGAUCAAAAUUAGAAGAGGUGAUUCAGCUCGGUGACCAAGAUGUUUCCAAACUUUGUGACCUGCCAAGAGAAAAACUGGAUGCAGCAGAGAAAGUACUUCGUUCCAACAUGGAUAUCCUGAAGCCAGUCGUGAGAGAACUAAACUCUACAUCUCCCUUCCCGUAUAAGGAGCUGACGGAAGCCACAAAAAUUUUGCUGGAUAGUCUCGGGACUCUGGCCCAAGAGCUGUUCAGCAUGAGGAGCUGGAGUGAUAUGCGACAGGAGGUGAUGUUUCUGACCAAUGUGAACAGCUCCAGCUCCUCCACCCAGAUCUACCAGGCUGUGUCUCGCAUCGUCUGUGGCCAUCCUGAGGGUGGGGGCCUGAAGAUCAAGUCCCUCAACUGGUAUGAGGACAACAACUACAAAGCCCUCUUUGGAGGCAAUGGCACCGAGGAAGAUGCUGACACCUUCUAUGACAAUUCUACAACUCCUUAUUGCAAUGAUUUGAUGAAGAAUUUGGAGUCCAGUCCUCUCUCCCGCAUCAUAUGGAAAGUGCUCAAGCCUCUGCUUGUUGGGAAGAUCUUGUAUACACCUGACACUCCAGCCACAAGGCAGGUGAUGGCUGAGGUGAAUAAGACUUUCCAGGAACUGGCUGUUUUUCAUGAUCUAGAAGGCAUGUGGGAAGAGCUCAGCCCUAAGAUCUGGACCUUCUUGGAGAGCAGCUCAGAAAUGGACCUCAUCCGGACACUAUUGGACAGCAGGGUCAAUGACCGCUUUUGGGAACAGCGGUUGGAUGGUUUAGAUUGGACAGCUAAAGAUAUUAUGACAUUUCUGGCCAAGUACCCAGAGGAUGUCCAGUCCACUAAUGGCUCUGUGUACACCUGGAGAGAAGCCUUCAAUGAAACCAACCGGGCAAUCCAGACCAUAUCCCGCUUCAUGGAGUGUGUCAACCUGAACAAGCUCGAGCCAAUAGCAACAGAAGUCAGACUCAUCAACAAAUCCAUGGAGCUGCUGGAUGAGAGGAAGUUCUGGGCUGGUAUUGUGUUCACUGGAAUUGCCCCUGGCAGCGUUGAGCUGCCCCAUCAUGUCAAGUACAAGAUCCGAAUGGACAUCGACAAUGUGGAGAGGACAAAUAAGAUCAAGGAUGCGUACUGGGACCCGGGUCCUCGAGCUGAUCCCUUUGAGGAUAUGCGGUAUGUCUGGGGAGGCUUCACCUACUUGCAGGAUGUGGUGGAGCAGGCGAUCAUCAGAGUGCUGACGGGCACCGAGAGGAAAACUGGUGUCUAUGUGCAGCAGAUGCCUUACCCCUGUUAUGUCGAUGACAUCUUCCUGCGGGUGAUGAGCCGGUCAAUGCCCCUCUUCAUGACCCUGGCCUGGAUUUACUCUGUAGCCGUGAUCAUCAAGGGUAUUGUGUAUGAGAAGGAGGCACGGCUGAAGGAGACCAUGCGCAUCAUGGGCCUAGACAACGGCAUCCUCUGGUUUAGCUGGUUUAUCAGUAGCCUCAUCCCUCUGCUCGUGAGCGCCGGCCUGCUGGUGGUUAUUCUGAAAUUAGGAAACCUGCUGCCCUACAGUGACCCCAGCGUGGUGUUUGUCUUUCUGUCUGUGUUUGCCGUGGUGACCAUCCUACAGUGCUUCCUGAUCAGCACACUCUUCUCCAGAGCCAACCUGGCAGCAGCCUGUGGGGGCAUCAUCUAUUUCACACUCUACCUGCCCUACGUCUUGUGCGUGGCAUGGCAAGACUAUGUGGGCUUCACACUCAAGAUCUUUGCAAGCCUGUUGUCUCCAGUGGCUUUUGGGUUUGGCUGUGAAUACUUUGCCCUUUUCGAGGAGCAGGGCAUUGGGGUGCAGUGGGACAACCUCUUUGAAAGCCCUGUGGAGGAGGAUGGCUUCAACCUCACCACCUCAGUCUCUAUGAUGCUGUUUGACACCUUCAUCUAUGGAGUGAUGACCUGGUACAUCGAGGCUGUCUUCCCAGGCCAGUACGGAAUUCCCCGGCCCUGGUAUUUUCCUUGUACCAAGUCCUACUGGUUUGGUGAGGAAAGUGAUGAGAAGAGCCACCCUGGUUCCAGCCAGAAGGGAAAAACAGAAAUCUGCAUGGAGGAAGAACCCACACACCUGAAGCUGGGUGUGUCCAUUCAGAACCUGAUGAAGGUUUAUCGAGAUGGAAUGAAGGUUGCUGUUGAUGGCCUGGCCCUGAAUUUCUACGAGGGCCAGAUCACUUCGUUCCUGGGCCACAAUGGGGCUGGGAAGACCACCACCAUGUCAAUUCUGACCGGGUUGUUCCCUCCCACCUCCGGCACUGCCUACAUUCUGGGGAAAGACAUCCGCUCCGAGAUGAGCACCAUCCGGCAGAACCUGGGGGUCUGUCCCCAGCAUAAUGUACUAUUUGACAUGCUGACUGUUGAAGAACACAUCUGGUUCUAUGCCCGCCUUAAAGGACUCUCGGAGAAGCAUGUGAAAGCAGAGAUGGAGCAGAUGGCCUUGGACGUUGGUUUGCCGCCCAGCAAACUGAAAAGCAAAACAAGUCAGCUGUCAGGUGGAAUGCAGAGAAAACUGUCUGUGGCCUUGGCAUUUGUUGGGGGAUCCAAGGUUGUCAUUCUGGAUGAGCCCACAGCUGGUGUGGACCCUUACUCCCGCAGGGGAAUAUGGGAGCUGCUGCUGAAGUACCGACAAGGUCGUACCAUUAUUCUGUCCACACACCACAUGGAUGAAGCAGACAUCCUGGGGGACAGGAUUGCCAUAAUUUCCCAUGGGAAAUUGUGCUGUGUGGGCUCCUCCCUGUUUCUGAAGAACCAGCUGGGAACAGGCUACUACCUGACUCUGGUCAAGAAGGAUGUGGAAUCCUCCCUCAGCUCCUGCAGAAAUAGUAGUAGCACUGUAUCAUACCUGAAAAAGGUGGUGCCUGAGUUUCUCCCAGCUGGGCAGAGUGGAGGCAGAGGAGGAGAGGUGCAGAGGCUGGUGGCGCUGACUCAAGAUGUCUCUGCUAUCUCCAACCUCAUCAGGAAGCAUGUGGCUGAGGCCCGGCUGGUCGAAGACAUUGGGCAUGAGCUGACCUAUGUACUCCCCUAUGAAGCUGCCAAAGAGGGGGCCUUUGUGGAACUUUUCCAUGAGAUUGAUGACCGGCUGUCAGACCUGGGCAUCUCUAGUUAUGGUAUCUCAGAGACUACUCUGGAAGAAAUAUUUCUCAAAGUGGCUGAAGAGAGUGGGGUGGAUGCUGAGACCUCAGAUGGCACCUUGCCAGCAAGACGAAACAGACGAGUCUUUGGGGAUAAGCAGAGCUGUCUUCGCCCUUUUACUGAAGAUGAUGCUGUUGACCCCAAUGAUUCUGACAUAGACCCAGAAUCUAGAGAGACAGACUUGCUCAGUGGGAUGGAUGGCAAAGGCUCCUACCAGGUGAAGGGCUGGAAACUCACACAGCAACAGUUCAUGGCCCUUUUGUGGAAGAGGCUGCUGAUUGCCAGACGGAGUCGGAAGGGAUUCUUUGCUCAGAUUGUCCUGCCAGCUGUGUUUGUCUGCAUUGCCCUGGUGUUCAGCUUGAUUGUGCCACCCUUUGGCAAGUACCCCAGCCUGGAACUUCAGCCCUGGAUGUACAGUGAACAGUACACAUUUGUCAGUAAUGAUGCUCCUGAGGAUUUGGCCACCCAGGAACUCUUGAAUGCCCUCACCAAAGAUCCUGGCUUUGGGACUCGGUGUAUGGAAGGAAACCCAAUUCCAAACAUGCCUUGCCUAAUGGGGGAGGAGGAAUGGACCACCGGCCCAGUUCCUCAGACCAUUAUGGAUCUCUUCCAAAAUGGGAACUGGACCAUGGAGAACCCCUCACCCACCUGCCAGUGUAGCAGCGACAGAAUCAAGAAGAUGCUGCCUGUAUGUCCCCUGGGGGCAGGGGGCCUACCUCCUCCACAGAUAAAACAGAACACUGCGGACAUCCUUCAGAACCUGACGGGAAGAAAUAUUUCAGAUUAUCUGGUGAAGACAUAUGUGCAGAUCAUAGCCAAAAGCUUAAAGAACAAGAUCUGGGUGAAUGAGUUUAGGUAUGGUGGAUUUUCCCUGGGUGCCAGUAAUUCUCCGUCAGUUCCUCCAAGUCAUGAAGUUAAUGAUGCCAUCAAGCAAAUGAAGAAGCACUUGAAGCUAGCCAAGGACAGUUCUGCAGAUCGAUUUCUCAGCAGCCUGGGAAGGUUUAUGACAGGACUGGAUACAAAAAAUAACGUCAAGGUAUGGUUCAACAACAAGGGCUGGCAUGCCAUCAGCUCUUUCUUAAAUGUCAUCAACAAUGCCAUCCUCCGGGCCAACCUGCAGAAGGGAGAGAACCCUAGCCAGUAUGGGAUUACUGCCUUCAAUCACCCCCUGAAUCUCACCAAGCAACAACUCUCAGAAGUGGCCCUGAUGACCACAUCAGUGGAUGUCCUCGUGUCCAUCUGUGUUAUCUUUGCAAUGUCCUUCGUCCCAGCCAGCUUUGUUGUGUUCCUGAUCCAGGAGCGGGUCAGCAAGGCCAAACACCUGCAGUUCAUCAGUGGGGUGAAGCCUGUCAUCUACUGGCUCUCCAAUUUUGUUUGGGAUAUGUGCAACUACGUGGUCCCUGCCACACUGGUCGUUAUCAUCUUCAUCUGCUUCCAGCAGAAGUCUUAUGUGUCCUCCACCAACUUGCCUGUGUUAGCCCUUCUACUUUUGCUGUAUGGGUGGUCCAUCACACCACUCAUGUACCCAGCAUCCUUUGUGUUCAAGAUCCCCAGUACCGCCUACGUGGUCCUCACCAGUGUGAACCUCUUUAUCGGGAUCAAUGGUAGUGUGGCCACUUUUGUACUGGAGCUGUUCACCAACAAUAAGCUGAAUAACAUCAAUGAUAUCUUGAAGUCUGUGUUCUUGAUCUUCCCACACUUUUGCCUGGGACGGGGGCUCAUUGACAUGGUGAAAAACCAGGCAAUGGCUGAUGCCUUGGAAAGGUUUGGGGAGAAUCGUUUUGUCUCUCCACUCUCUUGGGACUUAGUGGGCCGAAACCUCUUCGCUAUGGCUGUGGAAGGAGUGGUGUUCUUCUUCAUCACUGUUCUAAUCCAGUACAGAUUCUUCAUCAGGCCCAGACCAUAUAAGGCAAAGCUUCCUCCUAUGAAUGAUGAGGAUGAAGAUGUCAGACGAGAAAGACAGAGAAUUCUUGAUGGUGGAGGACAGAAUGAUAUCUUGGAAAUCAAGGAGCUGACAAAGAUAUAUAGAAGGAAGAGGAAGCCUGCUGUUGACAGGAUUUGCGUUGGUAUUCCUCCUGGUGAGUGCUUUGGGCUUCUGGGAGUUAAUGGUGCUGGUAAAUCAUCAACUUUCAAGAUGUUAACUGGAGAUACCACUGUUACCAGAGGAGAUGCUUUCCUUAACAAAAAUAGUAUCUUAUCAAACAUCCAUGAAGUACAUCAGAACAUGGGGUAUUGCCCUCAGUUUGAUGCCAUCACAGAGCUGCUGACUGGAAGAGAACAUGUAGAAUUCUUUGCCCUCUUGAGAGGAGUCCCAGAGAAAGAAGUUGGCAAGGUUGGUGAGUGGGCAAUUCGGAAACUGGGCCUUGUGAAGUAUGGAGAAAAAUAUGCUGGUAACUAUAGUGGAGGCAAUAAGCGCAAGCUCUCUACAGCCAUGGCUUUGAUUGGCGGGCCUCCUGUGGUGUUUCUGGAUGAACCCACCACAGGCAUGGAUCCCAAAGCCCGGAGAUUCUUGUGGAAUUGUGCUCUCAGUGUUGUCAAGGAGGGGAGAUCAGUGGUGCUUACAUCUCAUAGUAUGGAAGAAUGUGAAGCUCUCUGUACUAGGAUGGCAAUUAUGGUCAAUGGGAGGUUCAGGUGUCUUGGCAGUGUCCAACAUCUGAAAAAUAGGUUUGGAGAUGGUUACACGAUAGUAGUACGAAUAGCAGGGUCCAACCCUGACUUGAAACCUGUACAGGAGUUCUUUGGACACGCCUUUCCAGGAAGUGUCCUAAAAGAGAAGCAUCGAAACAUGCUGCAGUACCAGCUUCCUUCUUCAUUAUCGUCCCUGGCCAGGAUAUUCAGCAUCCUGUCCCAGAGCAAAAAGCAACUCCACAUAGAAGAUUACUCUGUUUCUCAGACAACUCUUGAUCAAGUAUUUGUAAACUUUGCCAAGGACCAAAGUGAUGAUGAUCACUUAAAGGACCUAUCAUUACACAAAAACCAGACAGUAGUAGAUGUUGCCGUUCUCACAUCUUUUCUACAGGAUGAGAAAGUGAAAGAAAGCUAUGUGUGAAGAAUCCUAUUCAUACAGAUGGCUGAAAGAAAGGAGGAACUUGACCUUCCUUUGCACCAUAUGAAGUGUUUCAGAGCAAAGAGCUGGAAUUUUUGUGGGAAGAAGUAAACUGGAUACUGUACUGAUACUGUUCAAUGCAAUGCAAUUCAAUGCAACAAAAACAAAAUUCCAUUACAGGGGCAGUGCCUUUGUAGCCUAUGUCUUGUGUGGCUCUCCAGUGAAAAAGACUUGAAUUUACUUUAUAAUCUUAUAUCUGUGUGAAACUCUAGUAUGGAACCCGGUGGACCUAUGGGUUUGAAAUCAUACUUUUUUAUUCCUUUGUAUUCUCACUGGGGUUGCAACAGUAAGUCAUCAAAUAAUCAUGGCCAGUGAUUAUCAAAAUCAGAAGGCAGGCACAUCCUCAUUCAUCAGGCCAUGCCAUGCCAGGAGACUGGCUUCCCGGCGACACAUCCAUUGCUGGCAAAGAGUGUGCCAGAAUAACUAGUGCCAAGUUGCUUAGAAAGCCUGAAGCACCAUGGUGUGUCAUGCACACUUUUGUGAAAGAUGCUCUGCUCAGAGUCUUGUCGAUGUCAUCAAAUAUCGGGUGACAAAUAGGUGCCAUGUGUGGGGAAGGCCAUGAUUUGAAUCCCUUGCUGAUGAACUGUUCUGGUGGCAGUAACAUGCAAAAUGUGAGAGGCUCUGGACAAGGGAGACUUGGUUCCAUUGUUAUGCUGUCCUCACUUGGAGCCAUGGGUCUUCAGGGUCAUCUUCGUCAGACUCUUUAAAUGUACUUGGAUCCUGGUAAGAAACAAAGAAUCUGCAGCCAAAUUGUUGGGCUGUAAGUUGCUGAGACCAGGGCAUGGGAUUAAAGAGGUGGCGUGCUCAAACCUGGGGAGGACUGUGUCUACUUAUCCCUGUUGUCUACUAACACGGUACACUGCAUCUCAAGAUCUUGUUUGACACAUCUGUAGUAGUAUUUUUGGCUUUUUAAAUUAAUCUAGGACAUGAGAAGAUGGACUGUAUUCUGACAAAAAUCUUUGUACUUUUAAAGUUAUUUGGAAUUUUAUGUUCCAGCAGUGACUUCUGAACCUUAGAAUGACCUCUUUGUAGAACCCUGUGGCAUAGAGAGGCAUGGAGGGCCACACUGCCUCAUUAGCUUUAUUUUCUCAUGUAAGUUUGCAGAUGGAUCAUCUGACUAGUGCCUAGUGCCUGGAAAAGAAUGUGAAGGGCAACAUCUCAUGACAAUGUUCUGUUUGAGUUUAAGAUUAUUUAAAAUACUCUUAAUCUCAGUUCAUUAAUCAAGUAUUUUGUGUGUGUGUUUUAGCUGAAUGAGUAUUUAUGGAUGAGGUGGGGAGAAAUUAAGUCUCAGAUUUCCUGUGCCAUGUUAUUCAGAUAACUGGUUUACAAAUAUAGGUCGCUUUGUUGCUGUGGUUGUGGGAGCCCAUGGGAAGAAUAUUGGGCGUUCCACUUUGUGAAAAUAACGCAAAACAAUGCAAACGCCAAGACAGUUCAAGUGUUAUUAGGGUCACAAGACUAAAAAAUGAAUUCUUUCACAGAGAAGACAGCUAGCUUCAAAACUUCUUAAACAAAACAAUUUGUGCUAAUGGCAUUUAGUAUCUUCAAAUUGGCUCUGAAGAUUUUAGACACACAUUCUGACAAUUUCAAAUAGUUCAUCUCUUCAAUCACCAACUUAUCACGAAAAAUAUUUAACAGCAAGUACCCUCCUCCCCCACAUCAAAUGUAUUUCAGGCGUUCGAACCCAGUCUUGUUUUUUUUCAUCAAUAAACACCUUAAAAAUGUAUUUCACUAAUGCUUAAUGUUGUGUCUUGAGGCAACAGAAAUAUGAGAGAACUACUGUUUGAUGACAUUUAUGCAAUUUCAAUAUUACUACUAAUUGUCCCUCCUUUUUCUAAAAUUUAAAUAUGUUUAAAUAUUAACUCUAAAGGUAUAAGAUUUUAGAACUAUCUCAUCUAUUUGUUCUUUUAAAAUUUAUAGAAUGUUAUCACAUAAUUUGUUGCUUAAAAAUUACUUUAGAAAUUAUCAAUAUUUUCUAAAAUGGUAAACAAUAAUGAAGGCAUAUUUCCAAUAACUAUUAGCAUGAGAGAAUUAUACUUAUGCUAUCUUUAAUGAUAUGAAAUUCAACAUCAAACUUCUGUUGGUUUUCCCAUUUCACUAGAAUCGUGUUUUAGUUAUCCAUUAUAUUUAAUCUGUGAGAAGCUCCCUGCUUUGGUUUUUCUGACUUCAAGGACAUAUUUUUAAAAAUCAAAGGCACUGUGAACUACUUUGAAAAAACUAUGCCAUUUCAAUACAGAUUUAAAAGGAUCUCUUUUGAAGCUAGAAAAAAUCUACAAUUACACAUUGACUCCAUAAUACUGUAUUACCUUUUAGACUAUCCAAUAAUAAGCUUUUAAAAUUUCCUGUGUAAGCCUAAUUGUAAUAGAAACUUUUACUAACUUAAGUCAAGUAAAAUUUCUAUAUAUUCCCUGUGGAAAUGCAGCUAUGUGAAUUUCAGAAAUUCUCAAGUGUUGAAAGAAUUCUUUUGCUUCUUUUGGACACCCUAGAAACCUUAUUAACAACUGUGAAUAUGAAAAAAAAAAAAACAGUAAUAAAAUAGUCCUCUCUACAUAAACACCCAGCACAAUUCAUUGUUAAAGAACAACCAAACCUCAAACUACUGUAUUUCAAUAUCUGUACUGAGAGUGUAUCAUUGUGACUAUUAAGUGUUGCAUAUCCCUCAUUCACUGUAUAAUAAUCAUUGACUAAAGGGAUUUGUCUGUGUUUUCUCCAUGUGGUUGUAUAUAUCAGGUACAUUUUUUUCCCAAAGAGCCAUGUGUCAUAAUAUUGAACCACUUUGAUAUUGAGAUAUUAAUUUGUAUCCUUGUAACUAUUUGCUAAUAAUAACAGUACUAUAGUAAUAUCGCUCUAAUUCUUUUGAAAAUUUUUGCAUCCCUUUUUAUAAAGUGUUUAUAUUUCCAAAAAGAUUAAGUACUCUGUUCUCUCUUCCUGUAUCCUAGGCUGAAGCUAUGUUUUUGUGCUUUUUCUUUAUCAUUGGCCCUUCAUUCCAAGCACUUUAUGCUUUCUGUAAUGGAAUCUAUUUUUGCACUGGAAUAUCUGAGAAUUGCAAAACUAGAUAAAAAUUUCACAAUAGAUUUCUAAGUUAAAUCAUUUUCAUUAAAAAGAAAAUAAGAAAAAUGUACUGUCUAUAACUUUAUAUAAAGUAUUAAAAAGGCAUAUUUCUAUGUUGUAAUGAGUCACGAAAUAAAGCUGUGACAAUUGUUAGUCUACACAAAUUUAUUUUCGUGCAUUCAUAGCACCGCCUACUGUUAAGACAUUAUAAAGCUGUUACAGGAGUAAUAAAGGGAAAGCUGCUUGAACCUAAAGUGGAAAUUUAGAAUCCACUCAAUUCCCUGUUAAUCACAGAAGAGAACUGAGGGGUCUACUUGAAAAUAG